CGGAAGUAACAGUACAGUCAGGAAGAGUUGCCUAACCCUAAAUGUAAGCAAAUAAAGCCAGUACUAGGACACCAGCUUGGCACAUACAUUUCGUCUACAUUUACAAGUAACAUUGUCGACUAUGUCUGCAAGAAAUCCGGGAAUGGACCUCGACCUUGAGUGGGUCUCCAAGGUGCGUGUGAAUACCCAGGCUGUUCUGAAGAGAGCCCAGCAGAUCCAAGGACAUAAGCUGUCCAAAAAACAAUGGCAGGCUGCGUGGUUGCUAAGGGCAGUGACGUGCAUUGAUCUAACGACCCUCGCCGGCGAUGACACGCCGUCCAACGUCCACCGACUGUGCUUGAAAGCAACUCAGCCUGUCCGUCAAGACCUGCUGAGGAGCAUGGACAUGCACGACAAAGGUGUGACUACUGCUGCAGUGUGUGUAUACCCAUCCCGCGUGGCAGACGCUGUCAAAUCACUGAAAGCUGCCAAUUCAAGCCUACCUGUUGCCUCAGUUGCUACUGGUUUCCCAGCCGGCCAAACGCCUCUAAAGACCCGCCUGGAGGAGGUGCGCAUGGCGGUGGAGGACGGAGCCAUGGAGAUUGACAUUGUGAUCAACAGGACCCUGGCUCUCACAGGACAGUGGCAAGCUAUGUACGAUGAGAUUCGUCGGUUCAGGGCAGCCUGCGGGGAAGCUCACAUGAAGAGCAUCCUGGCCAUCGGAGAGCUGGGCACCUACACCAACGUCUACAAAGCCAGCCUGGUGGCCAUGAUGGCUGGAUCAGACUUCAUCAAGACCUCCACUGGGAAGGAGUCCGUCAAUGCUACGUACCCCGUUGCCAUAGUGAUGGUUAGGGCCAUCCGUGACUACUUCCUGCGCACAGGCCAUAAGGUGGGCUUCAAGCCAGCGGGGGGGAUCCGCACAGCGCAGGAGUCUCUGGUGUGGCUGACCCUGAUGAAGGAGGAGCUGGGGGACGAGUGGCUCAGCCCGCACCUCUUCCGCCUGGGGGCCAGCAGCCUGCUGGCAGACAUCGAGAGGCAGGUCUACCAUUACGUGACUGGACGUUAUGCAGCCUAUCACGAGCUGCCCAUGGCUUGAAACCGUCUCGGACAACAUGACAACAUCAACCUCAAACUCCUCAACCCAGCUUUCACUUUUCAGAUGACAAUGUUACACACACAGACACCUAAACUGAGGCUUCAGAAUUGCUACUACAGGGGUUGUGAAAGGAUAUUAUCUUGUUUUAUGAGAAUGUGACCAAAUUACGUGAAGGAAUGACAAUGGGUUGAAUACAUGCCUACAUGUAGUUUUAUUGUAAUAUUUCACUUAAUGUUCUGUGCCUUGGCAUGCUACACGUGAACCAGUGUAGCUUCAGUAUGUCAGUUGUCAUACAAUCAAAUGUGAAUGAGUAAGUCCUUUAUGACUAAUAAAAAAGCGAAUGACUAGAGAGAGAAGCGGAUGUAGGGUUGUUUAAAUAAUCAUAUAAUAUCAACAUAGAACAGUAUUCAACGAUACCCAAUUCACUUUUGUUUGAUUUGAGUAAUAUACGUACAAAAAUGUGUUAGGAGAGAUCCAGAUGUUGACAAAGGCUGAUAAAUAAAGACCCGAAUCAGUGAUGGUUAAUCUGUAUGCGUUCUAUUUAGGGACUUAUUUAAUGCAAAUAAUAACUUUUGUUAGGGU